AUGAGCUUCACGUCUACGGAAACAACGCCACGCCGUCCCAAAACCAUCAUGCUAUCACCGUCCAAGAGGCACGGCGCGGCGCCCCAUCCAAGCGUGCCCUCCCGCCUGCCGAGAAAGGGGUCGAUAUUGAGCUCCAAAGGCAAGCCAGCGACGCCCGCGGAGAUCUGGAAAUGGUGCUUGACGCCGGCCGCAGUGGCACGCUGCUUCGUCAGGGACGCGUGCGCGAUGGGCGAGCACGCCGGCGAAGGCUUUGAGUAUUACCUGCUCGGCCGCGUCCCGUGUCGCACCCUGCUUCUCGUCGGUGUCGUGGUGGGCUUGUCGGAGUAUGAAUCACGGGCGAUUUAUCAAGUCGAUGAUGGGACCGGCGUCAUUAAUUGUGUGGUCCGCUAUCCUGCCCUAGCGGGCAAGGCCGUCCGGUCCGAGGAGCGUCCGCCGCCCAAACCCGUGGCGGAGGUAGGUCAGCUCGUCCGACUCGCCGGUCGGAUCCGCGUCAAGGGGCAGCGGAGAGAGGUCCUCGUUGACCAGAUAUCGGUUUGCAAGUCUAUGGACGAGGAGCUGGAUCACUGGCGAACGGUGAUCGCCUUGCACAAAGAAUCGUACUCGUCGACAGAACCAUUCGUGAUUACGUCGUCGCUCGCUCCACCUGCUCAAGCGGUCAAAGACGCCGCAAAGCCACCAGCUGGUCGUGCGUGGCAUAAAGCCGCUCCGGGUGAUCGAGACGCGACAAAACGCCAGGACAACGUUGAACACCGGAUUAUCGCUCUACCGAAAGAUACGGCCGAGAAGGACGCCCUCAAUGCGCAAACAUCUAGACCAGCCUAUGUACCUACAUCGCCGUCGACCUCUGCCGCAUCUAGUCCCACCAAAUCUAUUCACGAUCCUUCCUCCCCGCCCCGCUUGCGCCACCCCUCCCGCCUCCACUCACGCGACCUCACAGCGAACACCUUCCGCAUCUACCUCAAGCACUACAUGGACAACGCGCCUCCGCACGACGAGCCGCGCGGCGCCGACUUGUCUUCAGAAUCGGACUCCGACGCGUUCGCGCCCACGACGCCGACGAAGCGCGGGAGGGGCACGGGGGCGCGCCCGCGGUUCAUGGACGAGUGCACGCCCCGCGCGCGCAAGGUCGCGCGCGGCGACCCUGCGCCCACCUCUCCGGGGGGCCCGUCGCGCACCCCGCGCGCGGGGCGCCUUGCCGCCCGCGAGGACGCGGCCGCGGCGGGCGGUUCGCCGCUGCUGCUGGGGUUCACGCUCUCCUACCUCCGCCGCGUGCCCGAGCUCGCGGUGCUUGCGCAGCGCGUGGUCAGAGCCGAGGCGCGGCGGCGCGAGAAGGCUGCGCGCGGUGCGUCCGCCUCGAGCGGGGCCGGGAAGGACGCGGGCAUGGGCACGGGCAUGGAUAAGGGCAAGGGCAAGGCGGUGGAGGCGAGCAAGGAGGGCGUGCGGCCGAAGAUGAAGCGGCU